GGUCAGUCCGGCACAAAAGAAUCCCCUCCAAGGGCAACUCAUCUGCCCCAGGGACUCAGGACACACAUGAUUCACCCCACCUGAGCUCAGACCGUGCCUCCCGGGGAAGCCCCAGAGCCCUGGCGUAGCUCGAGGCACACUGAGCCCCUGAUGUCCCUAACCCUUUGCCAGCACCCGCUGGCCCCGCUGAAGCAGCCAACAUGCCUAUCUCCAAGUGCCCACCCAAGUCACAGCCCCCGUGGAAGGAACGCGACCAAAAGGCCCAGAAGAAUGGACUGAGACACCAGGUGUAUGCUGUCAACGGUGACCGCUACGUGGGCGAGUGGAAGGACAACAUGAAACAUGGAAAAGGAACACAGGUCUGGAAGAAGAAAGGAACCAUCUAUGAGGGGGACUGGAAGUUUGGGAAGCGAGAUGGCUAUGGCACCCUCAGCCGUCCUGACAAAGAGAAAGGAAAGUACAGGAGAGUAUAUUCGGGCUGGUGGAAAGGCGAUAAGAAAUCGGGCUAUGGGAUCCAGUUUUACGGGCCCGAAGAGUAUUACGAAGGUGAGUGGUGUAGCGACCAGCGCAGCGGGUGGGGCCGCAUGUACUACAGCAACGGUGACAUCUACGAGGGCCAAUGGUGGAACGACAAGCCGGACGGGGAGGGCAUGCUGCGCCUGAAGAAUGGGAACCGCUAUGAGGGCUACUGGCAGGGAGGCUUGAAGAACGGGCCGGGGCGUUUCUUCUACCUGGACCACGGUCAGCUAUUUGAAGGCUUCUGGGUGGACAACAUAGCCAAGUGUGGCACAAUGAUUGACUUUGGCCGAGAUGAGGCUCCUGAGCCUACUCAGUUCCCCAUUCCUCAGGUCAAAAUUGUAGAUCCCGAUGGUGUGCUGGAGGAAGCCUUGGCCAUGUUCAAGAAGAAAGAGGAGCCCAGUGACUCAGGAACCAGGAGGUCACGAAGAGGAAAAACAAGGAGACCGAUGCCAGAGACUACCAGAGCUUCAGAAGAAAACCAAGUCCGCAUCAUCCAACUGCUCAAACCGGUGCAGCUCCCACUGGAGGAGUGAGUGGUGACUCCCGCCGGGCACACCCUUGGCAUCCUCAGAGAGCACCUCAUUCUCCCAGCACUGGAUCAUCCUUUGUCAAUAGGGGCCAGUGCUUCUCUGCCCAGUUGGCCUUGGGGGCCCUCCUGUUACAGCUUUUAUUCUAGGCCCCUAUCCCUGAGUGCAUGAGAAUAAAGGAGAACGUGGUGGCAUU